AUGACACGAAAUUUAAGGAAUAGACGCGGUAGUGAUGCUGAAGAAACAAAUAGCGCAGAGAUCGGCUAUGAAACACAAAUUAAAGAUGAAAAUGGUAUAAUCCAUACGACGUCUCGUUCUCUUAGAAAAAUAAACUACGCAGAAAUUGAAAAAGUGUUUGAUUUUUUGGAAGACGACCAGAUUAUGGACAACAAUCAGACUGAGAACAAGGAAAAAAAGCCCGUUGAGGAUGCUAGUGAUGGAAAUGAUGAGCAUACUCAUAAAGAUGAAGAUGAAGAUGAAGAUGACGAUGACGAUGAUGUAGUAUUACCGCAUAAAAACACCAGAAUAAAUAAGGAGAUUCCUAAUGAAAGAAAUCUGAGAAAGAAAAGAAUCCAUGAUCCUGAUGAAGAUGACGAAAGUUUUCACGAAGAAGAUGUUGAGGAUGAUGAAGAGGAAGAGGAAGCGGACGAAUUUGAGGAUGAAUACUUGGAUGAAGACUCAAGAGACAAUAAUCGCCGGCGCAGAGCGGCUGAUAGGAAAUUCAUAGUGCCAGACCCUGAUGAUGAUGAAGAAUAUGAUGAGGAAGACGAAGAAGGGAAUAGAAUAAGCCACUCUGCCAAACGUCUGAAAAGGGCAAAUUCUCGGAGGACAAGAUCCUCACGUCACCCGGAAACUCCACCGCCAGUAAGAACUUUAAGAAGUCGGACAAGGCAUACACGUACUUCAAAUGAAGAAAAUGAUGGCGAGUAUGAAAAUAACGAAAAUGAAGCGUUAACGUUAGCGGAUGAAAUUAGGGAACUACAAGAGGAUAGUCCUAUCAAGGAAAAAAGAUUUCUUCGUGAAAGAACUAAACCAGUAAACUAUAAAUUACCACCACCUCUAACCGCUACCAGCGCAGAGGAAUUCAUAGAUAAAAAUAACAAUGCACAUUCUUUUCAUAACCCAUCGCCUGCACGGCGUGGUCGCGGUGGAUGGAACGCUAGUCAGAAUUCUGGUCCAACAAGGAGGCUUUUCCCCACAGGGGGACCGUUUGGUGGUAAUGACGUUACUACAAUUUUUGGCAGGAAUACGAACUUUUACAAUCAAGUACCAUCUGCAUUCAAUAAUAAUAGCAACAAUAAAUUGAUAUUGGAUUCUGAUUCUUCUGAUGAUGAAAUAUUACCCCUUGGUGUUGCACCUAAAGUGAAAAAAGAGAACAUUUCAAAAAAGAAGAAGAAAAAACCAGAAAUUGCAGAUCUAGACCCAUUAGGCGUUGACAUGAAUAUAGAUUUUGACGAUAUAGGCGGUCUAGACAAUUACAUUGAUCAAUUAAAGGAAAUGGUGGCCUUGCCACUAUUAUACCCAGAAUUAUAUCAAAAUUUCAACAUCACACCUCCGCGAGGUGUUCUUUUCCAUGGCCCUCCAGGCACUGGUAAAACACUAAUGGCCAGAGCGUUGGCAGCAAGUUGCUCCUCUGACGAAAGAAAGAUCACAUUUUUUAUGCGCAAAGGCGCUGAUAUCUUAUCCAAAUGGGUUGGUGAAGCUGAAAGACAACUUCGUCUAUUAUUCGAAGAAGCCAAGAAACAUCAACCCUCAAUUAUUUUUUUCGAUGAAAUCGACGGAUUAGCGCCUGUGAGAAGCUCGAAACAAGAACAAAUUCAUGCUAGUAUCGUGUCCACAUUGUUAGCGUUGAUGGAUGGUAUGGACAACAGAGGCCAAGUAAUUGUCAUUGGUGCCACUAAUCGACCUGACGCAGUCGAUCCCGCUUUAAGAAGGCCUGGUCGAUUUGAUAGAGAAUUUUACUUUCCGUUACCUGAUGUUAAAGCACGUUCUAAAAUUUUGCAAAUUCAGACCAGAAAAUGGAGUGCACCAUUGUCCAUAAACUUCAUUGAUAAAUUAGCUUUCUUGACUAAAGGUUAUGGUGGUGCAGAUCUAAGGUCCUUAUGCACUGAAGCUGCGCUGAUAAGUAUACAAAGAAGUUUCCCCCAAAUUUAUAGAUCCAAUGAUAAGCUUUUAGUAGAUCCUUCCAAAAUAAAAGUCAAAGUUAGCGAUUUCAUGUUAGCUUUGAAAAAGAUUGUUCCAUCUUCUGCAAGAUCUACCGGGAGCUCUCCUCAGCCUCUACCUGAACUAAUUAAACCUUUGCUAUCAGAUCAAGUCAAUAUUUUGAAAAAAAGGUUGAACUAUAUGCUUAACAUGGACGAUGCAGAUUUUCAGAGAAAUUCAUCACUGCUUCAAGAUUUUAUUGAUUAUGAAGAUUACAGCGGAAAAGAGGAAGAGGAAAACAGAUAUAAAGAAAGUGAGGAUACGUCCUAUUUCAGGUCAUACGAGUUUUUCGAGUCGAUGGUCGAAUCACAAAUAUGUAAGCCCCGAUUAUUAAUUAACGGACCUAAGGGAAAUGGUCAGCAAUAUGUGGGAGCUGCGAUUUUAAAUUAUCUAGAAGGCUUCAACGUCCAAAACCUGGAUCUAGCUUCUUUAGUGUCUGAGAGUUCUAGGACUAUUGAGGCUGCUGUGGUACAAAGUUUUAUGGAGGCAAAGAAAAGACAACCUUCAGUUGUAUUCAUUCCUAAUUUAGACAUUUGGAUCAACACUAUCCCAGAAAAUGUUAUUUUAGUCUUAUCAGGCUUAUUCAGAUCUUUACGAAGUAAUGAGAAAAUUAUUCUCUUAUGUCUGGCUGAAGAUCUUGAUAUAUCCGAAGUUAGGAACGGUAUUUUGUCGGAUUUUUCUUUUGCUAGAAAUACUUUUCAACUGCACAAACCAUCCAUAGCAAAUGUAACAGAGUACUUCUCAAAUUUAAUAAAGCUAUUAAAAACGAAGCCAAGCAAUAUUCCCAUGAAGAAGAGAAGAGUCAAGCCUCUACCUGAAUUACAGAAAGUAAGUUCAAGUGCAACGCUGACCAAUUUUGAUGACAAUGGUGAACCAUUAUCUAAAAAAGAGCUACUAAGAAGAAAGUUGAAGUCAUUCCAACAUCAAGAUAUGAGAUUAAAAAACGUGUUGAAAAUCAAACUUUCGGGAUUGAUGGAUCUUUUCAAAAACAGGUACAAGAGAUUUAGAAAACCACCUAUUGACGAUGCCUUUCUGGUUCAUUUAUUUGAACCGGAAACGAACAAUGAUCCUAAUUGGCAACCUGCCUAUAUAAAGGAUAAGAACAUGAUUUUGGAGGUUUCCACAGGGCGAAGAUUUUUUAACAUGGAUUUGGAUAUCGUCGAAGAGAGACUAUGGAAUGGUUAUUAUUCAGAACCAAAGCAGUUUUUGAAAGACAUCGAAUUAAUAUACAGGGAUGCUAAUACUAUAGGUGACAGAGAACGUAUAAUCAAAGCAUCUGAGAUGUUUGCCAAUGCACAAAUGGGUAUUGAAGAGAUUUCUACCCCAGAUUUUAUCCAGGAAUGUAAAGCUACUCGUCAAAGAGAUUUGGAAAGACAGGAACUUUUUUUGCAAGAUGAAGAAAAAAGAGUUGUAGUUGAAUUGAAGGCCUCACAAGGAAAACAAGAAAUUAUACCAGAGGAACCUAGGUUAAAGGAAAAUGAAGUCAAUGAAGUUGGUGUAGCUGCUGGUAGCCAACUGCAGCUACAACUCCAGGCCGCUGCUGACACAGCUUCAGUUGUUAGCAAUAGUAAAGUCCCUCAGCCAAUCGAUACUGAUAUAUAUAGAUAUCAAGAAUCUGCAGUGGUUUCUCCCACAAUAAGUAAGGAAGAGUCCCUUUCUACAAAGGAUAGUGUUGCGUACAGAGAUCUUUCCACAGAAUUGAUCCAGUCAACCUGCACAUCAGGUGCACCUUCUAAUGAUGAUAAAAGAUCCGGAAAUCAACAAAAGGAGAACGAUUCUCCCUUACAAUCGCAUGUUAAAGAAAAAUCCAGUGAAACAAUAACUAAGGUAGGCAAUGCAAAGCAAAUGAGAGAAACUUUGCCCUUAAAUAGAACUACAGCUGGUGUAUCAGAUUCUUCAAAUAAAGGUGAAAAAGAAAGUCAACCUAAUUCGAUACCAAAAGACGUUACAAAACCCGAACAAAGUAAUGAAGACAACAGGGAUGUUUUUUUAACCUCCGAACAAAUAGAAAAAGUUUCUAAACGCUUAAUUGAAUACUGUCAAGACUUUACGGUCUCACAGUUAGAAGAUGUUCAUUCGUCUGUUGCAAAAAUAAUAUGGAAAAGUAGAUCUGCAUGGGACAAAACCGACACUGUUGGUAAAAUAAUGAAAUUUCUAUCUGAAUGA